CCCAGGCUAAUAUUAUCGUAUAGCUCAUGAGAGCUGAGGAUGGAGAGGCUAGCUCGAGUUAGUUGUCAUCAGAAGGCACAACUACCACCAAUACACACAUCUGCUCUGUGUCUAGAACUGCAUUAUAUGAUGUUAUAUCUUCUUAAAUGUUUCUGGAUAGUCUUUACAGAAAGUAGGACUGUUGGCAGUGAAUUGUCAUGGUGUACAGUAAUGUGACACUGGUGUCCGUGUGCAUACCAUCCCAUGAUACUGGCUAAGCAUGAAUGGUCAUUCACUUACAAGCUUUUUCCAGAGCUUUCAACCAUAUCAGUGUUUUUGACUUUGGAAUUUUUUUUAUUUUGAGAGAACAGCUGUAACACAAGGUGCUCUAACUAAAAUUAAGACCACGUAAUAUGGUUCAAAGUCUCUGAAAAACUGUCUGGAUAUUAACCACUAUACAACUGAGCACACAUCUCAUCAAAUGAGAGGUAUAAUGAAGUCUUCUGAAGAUCUCACCCAUUGUCCCUAAUCAAUACACUUCUUUCCCCCACAAAUCUCAGCGUUAGCGAAUAUUAACUAAUGUCAGCAUAGCUAUAUGUUUGUUUACUAGCUGUAUAGCCUGUAUGUAAGAAGUGGAAAUAUUUGUUGUGAUGCCACCCAUUUCUUUGUGGACUGCAGUUAUGAAGCCUAAAGUUUGGCCAUCACCAUCUUGGAUUUUGGCCACUGCCCUCUUAGUUUUUUGCAACCUGGGAAGGGAGUGACCAUAAUUGGACUGUGGAGGAGUGAUGCUGUGGUAGAGACCCCAUAUUUGGUAGCUGCCUGUUAUUCACAAGGUAGCCAAGCCUGAAGCAUUCCUUACUUUAUUGUCUAUUGUAUUCUAAAUGGAGCCAUCCUUUACUAAAUGAACAUCAUAAUGUAUUUAGGAAGAUGUUAAACUAGUGAUUGAGACCAUACACGCACAAUGUUUACUGAAGUAAGUGAGAAGUAGGAUCACUUUCUCAUAGAGUUCUACACAAUCAGAGGGUUGCCAGUAGAAAGAAUGCAAGUUUAGAAGCUGAAGUUGAGGCCUGGCCAGAUGUUGGUCUGUUGUUCAACAUUGUGGAUGUAAUCCAGCUGCUGUUUGUUUUACAGUCUUAUCUGCCAUAUACGUUUGGUUGUUUCAAUACUUGUCGGGUGCACAAGUCCAAAGUGUUCACCAUGCUGAAGCAUGCUGCUGUUCCAGGAGGUUCCUAUCCACCCCAUGUCCAGGUCCCCACUCUGUGCAUGACACCAUGGUAUACUCUCGUGUGGGGUCAUUAGACAUCUGUUUGUGAGGUUUUUUAUGAACAAUUUGAAUCCUUAUGAAUCCAUAUAUUUAUGGAUUUCUAUAACAUUUGUGUAUAAAUCAGAAAUACAUUUGAAUCCUAUUUUCAUAUACUUUUUUACAUUUAUAUAUAAUGCUCCUUUUUUUGUGUGCAUUGAAAAGAGGGAGAUGGUCAUUUAUUUAUGAAUCACAAAUACCUUUGUGAAUCCUUCUGUGUGCAUUAUUGCUGAUAUUGGUGAGAUGAGGUGCUGUCCAAAGGCUUGUUUGCCUUCUGGCAAGAGAUACAGAAGUAUCUGUUGUCGUACCAUCAGCCUACAGAGCAGCUUCUUCUCUCAGGCUGUGAGACUGCACAACUCAACCUCCAUCAUAAAUGCUUUUGAGACACAGAGAGGUCAGGAGGAGGAUACAUUGUAGUCGACCCAGUCCUUCAUGUUGGAGCAGACAAUCGAAUCCUCCCAUUAGACUGCAUCAGCAUCCAGACCUACCUGUCCAAAUGCCUGGGACACCUCGAUGACUGGCUCGAUAGACUGAGAGUAGCCAAGGAGUCAGGAUACAACAUGAUCCACUUCACACCGCUGCAGACUCUGGGAGAGUCUAGGUCCUGUUACUCCUUGGCAGACCAGCUCAACUUUAACCCUGAAUUCAGCCCCGACGGUCAGAGCUACACCUGGGCAGAUGUGGGGGCUCUGGUGGAGAAGUUAAAGAAGGAAUGGAAUAUGCUGUGUAUUACAGAUGUGGUGUAUAAUCAUACUGCUGCUAACAGUGUGUGGAUUAAAGAGCAUCCAGAGUGUGGGUACAACCUGGUGAACUCUCCUCACCUGCGACCAGCCUGGGUCUUGGAUAGAGCCAUCUGGCAUUUGACCUGCCGAGUAGCAGAGGGACGCUACGAGUCUGAGGGACUUCCUGCUGAUAUUACCAAUGAGAGCCAUCUGGAUGCCAUCCGCAGUGUGUUGUGGAAGGACGUGUAUCCUCAGAUCAAGCUGUGGGAGUUCUACCAGCUCAAAGUGGACGAUGCUGUGGAGCAGUUCAGAACCCAACUCCUCAAUGGCACCAAGCCGGACCAGAGUAAGACCGGGGGGAAGAAGGGCCUGAAUAUCAUUCAGGACCCAAACUACCAUCGUUAUGGCAACACAUUGGACAUGGACUCUGCUCUAGAGACCUUUGUACCUCACAGCUCCUCCCCACAGCACAUCGAGGAGUGCUGUCAUUGGCUGAGGCAGAAAUUGAACGAGCUGAAUGAAGAGCAACACACCAUCAUGCACCAGCAUCAGGAGCAGGCGGCCAACUGUAUUGUGGGAAACGUUGUGUAUGAGCAUCUGGCCGACCACGGCCCCAAACUUGGUCCUGUUAGCAGGGAAAACCCUCUGGUUACCAGGUACUUCACCUUCCCAUAUCAGGACAUUACUCUGGAGCAGGAGAUGCAGCUGCUGGACCAGCCAGACAAGACAUGUCACUUCCUGGCUCACAAUGGUUGGGUGAUGGGAGACGAUCCACUGCGCAACUUUGCUGAACCAGGCUCCAAUGUGUAUGUGCGCCGGGAGCUGGUAUGCUGGGGUGACAGUGUCAAACUCCGCUAUGGCAAUGGGCCUGAGGACUGCCCGUACCUGUGGGCCCACAUGCAGGAAUACACGGAAAUCACUGCCAAAUAUUUCCAUGGCGUGAGACUGGACAACUGCCACUCCACGCCAUUACAUGUGGCUGAGUUUAUGCUGGGCGUGGCCAGAAGCGUGUGCCCUAACCUGUAUGUGGUGGCUGAGCUGUUCACCGGCAGUGAGGAGCUGGAUAAUGUCUUCGUAACCAAGCUAGGCAUCACGUCGCUCAUACGAGAGGCCAUGUCGGCGGGGGACAGCCACGAAGAGGGCCGGCUGGUCCAUCGGUACGGGGGAGAACCGGUCGGAGCUUUUGUUCAGCCCAGUCUUCGCCCACUGAUGCCCGCCAUCGCCCACGCCAUGUUUCUUGAUGUAACUCAUGACAACGAGUGUCCUAUACAGCUGCGUUCAGCACUGGACUCCCUCCCCAGCUCUGCGAUGGUCUCGAUGGCCUGCUGUGCUACUGGUUCCACCAGAGGAUAUGAUGAAUUAGUGCCACAUCAGAUCUCUGUGGUAAAGGAGGAGCGUUUCUACCCCAAGUGGAGCCCCUCAGCACCCCCCACCUCUACUGGUGAGGUUGGAUUCCAGACGGGCAUCAUAGCUGGGAAACUGGCACUCAACAAGCUGCACCAGGACCUGGUCUCUCAGGGAUUCAUACAGGUGUUUGUAGACCAGGUUGAUGCAGACGUUGUUGCAGUUACUCGACACUGUCCCAGCACUCACCAGUCAGUGGUGGCAGUGUGCAGGACCGCUUUCCAGAACCCCAAAACACACCAGUACGACACUAAUGUCCCACCCAUGUUCAUACCUGGGAAGAUUGAGGAAGUGGUCCUGGAGGCGAGGACAGUGGAACGGCUCUCCGGGGGCUAUAAGAGGGACGACAAGUACAUCAACGGCAUGCCAGAAUACACCAUGGAAAUAAAGGAGCAUAUUUCGUUACAGGAGAGUACAGUGGUGAAGCAAGCUGGAGUGACAUCUAAAGGUCCAUCAGAGUUUGUGCAGGAAAUCACCUUUCAGAAGUUGACCCCUGGCAGCGUCAUCGCCUUUAGGGUUAGUUUGGACCCCAAUGCCCAGAAGGUGGCCGGCGUGCUGAGGUAUUAUCUGUCGCAGUUCAGCCCAAAAUACAGGAGAGGCAGUGUAGCCGAUGAAAACCCACCAGAAGCACUGCAGAAACCCCUGGCACAGCUGAUGUCCAAGCUGACCUUAGCAGACCUAAAUGUCCUGCUAUUUUGCUGCGACUCAGAAGAACAAGAAGAUGGUGGAGGCUGUUACAGUAUCCCAGGAUGGGAGAGCCUCAAAUAUGCUGGACUACAAGGUCUGAUGUCAGUGCUGGCUGAUAUCCGUCCCAACAAUGACCUCGGCCAUCCCGUGUGUGCUAACCUCAGACAAGGGGACUGGCUGAUCGACUUUGUGUCCAACAGACUGAUACGCAGAGAAGGACCUCUGGCACAGGUGGGUCAGUGGUUAGGAGCCAUGUUUAACUACUUGAAACACGUCCCACGCUACCUCAUCCCCUGUUACUUUGAUGCCAUCCUGGUGUCAACCUACACUACUGCCCUGGACGCAACUCACAAACUCAUGUCCAGUUUCAUCCAGAAUGGCUCCAGCUUUGUUCGUUACUUGGCGCUGGGUUCAGUUCAAAUGUGUGGUGUUGGACGAGUGCCUGCCCUCCCUCCCCUUUCCACAAAGGUUGAGGACGUUCCCUAUCGCAUCAGUCCAAUCACAGGCCAGAAGGAGCAGUGCUGUGUCUCAUUGGCUGCAGGUCUUCCUCAUUUCUCUUCUGGGAUUUUCCGUUGCUGGGGCAGAGACACUUUCAUCGCUCUCAGAGGACUGAUGCUGCUCACUGGGAGACACAUUGAGGCUCGUAACAUCAUCCUUGCCUUUGCGGGAACGUUGCGUCACGGUUUGAUCCCCAACCUGCUGGGUGAGGGUCGCUGUGCGAGAUACAACUGUCGUGAUGCUGUGUGGUGGUGGCUGCAGUGCAUCCAGGACUAUGCUACCCACGUUGCUCAAGGGCAUGAAAUCCUUCGCUGUCCUGUGACACGCAUGUAUCCUACAGAUGACUGUGAACCCAUGACACCUGGAGAGGUGGAACAGCCUCUGUAUGAUGUGAUCCAGGAGGCUCUGCAGCGCCACCUCCAGGGAAUCUCCUUCAGAGAGAGAAAUGCUGGACGCAAAAUAGACAUGCACAUGACAGAUGAAGGGUUCAACGUGUUGGCUAAGGUGGAUCCAGCCACAGGGUUUGUGACUGGAGGAAACCGCUUUAACUGUGGCACCUGGAUGGACAAAAUGGGAGAGAGUGAUAAAGCAAAGAACAGAGGCAUGCCUGCUACUCCAAGAGAUGGAGCAGCAGUGGAAAUAGUUGGUCUCACUAAGUCAGCUGUUCGCUGGGUUGUGGAGCUACAUGCCAAAGGACUGUUCCCUUACGAUGGAGCCAAAGUGAACAGAGAUGGAGGUAAAGAAGUGUUGAUCUCGUACUCCCAGUGGAACCAGCAGCUCCAGCAGUCCUUUGAGCCAGCUUACUGGGUGUCCGGUGACCCACAUGAUCCCAAUGAAAAACACCCUGAUCUGGUGCACAAAAAAGGCAUCUAUAAGGACAGCUAUGGAGCCUCCAGCGCCUGGUGUGACUACCAGCUGAGACCCAACUUCACUAUUGCCAUGGUGGUGUCUCCAGAGCUGUUUACAGUGGAGAGGGCCUGGGAGGCUCUCGAGGUGGCUGAGAAGAAACUACUGGGACCACUGGGAAUGAAGACACUUGACCCUGAUGACAUGGUGUACUGUGGUGUCUAUGACAACGCUCUGGACAACGACAACUACAACCUUGCAAAAGGCUUCAACUAUCACCAAGGACCGGAGUGGCUGUGGCCAGUAGGUUACUUCCUGCGUGCUAAACUCUACUUUGCCGAGAAGCUGGGAGCAGAAACCUACGCUCAAACCGUCACCCUGGUGAAAAAUGUCCUGUCCCGACAUUAUACCCACCUGGAGAGGUCUCCAUGGAAGGGUCUGCCAGAGCUGACCAAUGAGAAUGGCCAGUACUGCCCGUUCAGCUGUGAGACCCAGGCCUGGUCUCUGGCCACUGUGCUGGAGGUCCUCUACGACCUCUAAACGCCCCCUGAUGUGAUGCAGUCUUACUUCCUGAAGCAGAAUUCUUUGGCUGCAGUUUCACUGAAGAAGGUCACUUUAAACACAGCGCUGGCUUUGUAGACGCACACAGAACCACACAUGCAGUUCACUGGCUCUGUUGUUGCUGUUUUGGUUGAUAGUGAGGCUUCAAACUACAUGUAUUCACAAUAAAUAUUUGAUAUAAUCUGAGGUGUGAUUACUCCACCACAGCUGUCCUCCUCUUUCCCCUCACAGUGGACUCAUUUGAAUGGAUUCAUUUGAAUGUUGCCCUGUCCACUGCCUGCUUGGAACUAUCCUUUGAGGACCCCACAGCGCUGCCCAGCUCACCGCUGUGUGUUUGUACCCUUAGUCUGUAAAUGUCCUGGUCCAGUCUCUGACAUCAUUUAUGACACUUCAGCUGUCGCCAUGUUGGCAAUCUCUCAAUCAUAGAUAUGCUCUGAAUUGGAAAUAUAGCACCCUGAAAACAUUAUUUUUUUACCUUAAUCCCCUUCACUGAUAACCUAUUUCAACCUAAUAAUCCUCACUAUCUUUCCCCAAUGACAUACAUGCAGCAUACUUCUAGGCUGAGCCAUCAUGUAAAACCAGUAGCAACUCCUGAGCUGAUAUGGUGCUGGUGUUCUUCAAGGUCCACUGCUGGUGAAUUAAAGUGAACUGUAUAUAUCAACAA